AAGCACUCUCUCUCAACUUACACCAAAUUAAAGCCUAAACUUCCUUAUUCACUAAAAAUCUUCAUUGAAAUUCUCCUCUCUUUCAAUAAACACAAAUCCCACUUUACACCAAACCCCUCUUUCACUUCCUUCUGUAUUCAAUAUACACACAAACUUCUCUUUCAUAUGAAAUUUUAGCCAAAUUAAUCAUAUGAUGAAUAGGUUUGAUAAUUCUUUGAAAAGGAGAUCGUCAUCUUCAUGGCAGGAGAAAAAACCAGUUGUUCCAAAUACGAACACCACCACCACAAGGCUUUUUGGUGCUUCAACUUCUCCUCCUUUUCCUGGUCUUGCUGAUGAUGAUCUUUUGGCCACCGUUAUUCCUCCGGUUACUGUGGUUCUCGAGGGGCGCUCGAUCUGCCAACGCAUCAGCCUCCACAAGCAUGCAAGCUACCAGAGCCUCGCCAAGGCCCUCCGCCAAAUGUUCGUCGACGGCGGCGACGUUGCGGGUAUUCCCGAGCAUGAUCUUGAUCUCUCUAACGCCAUUCCUGGUCACCUCAUUGCUUAUGAAGACAUGGAUAAUGAUCUCCUCCUUGCAGGCGACCUUAACUGGAAGGAUUUUGUUCGGGUGGCAAAGAGAAUCAGGAUACUGCCGGCAAAGGCAAAUUCUAGGAAAGGAAGAAGAGAAGCGGAAAGAGAGGCAUAGCUUAAAAUUGCUAUAUAAUUUAAUUGGUAUUUUGGGAAAUUGAUGAGUUGGUAGCUGAAAAGGAUCUCAAAGAGAUACCAAAUUGAUGAAUCAAAACCUAGACUUCUGUUUUGAAAAAAUUAUAUAAUAUGAGAUGUACUACUAUUUUAGUUAUUUGCAUGGGUAGAGUUCUCUUUUUUUUUUCUUGUAUGAAUGAAAGACUCUUUUCCUACUA